UGCGGGGAUCGGCUAAGAAAAUUCAAAAUUAUAAAAAUAGAGCUAUAAAGAACACGACCCCUUGAAUUCUUGGUUUCUCUCUGUUUGGCCUGAAACAUGAAGAAACGAAUAUGAGACAAAAGGACUAUAAUAUUGAAGUAUCAAAAGUUGGUUGACCGUAUCCGAGAUGUAUCCUGCAUCCGCACCCGUCCCGUGUCGAGAUGGGUGCGGCAUCAAAAGCGAAGAGUCCGCACAACUUAGAUUUAAAGGCCCUUCUUCCCCAGAUAUGGAGAAGACAUGGAUUUCAAUAGUGCGUUAAUGGAACUCCCAAAAUCCUCUUCAGCACCAUCUUCAGAAAUGCAAAGACCAAUUAGUAUGCAUAGCUCCAUGCCAAGUAACAAAAACGUUCAGCAGGUUCAAUACAAUAAAGUCUAGCUUUCAUGAGAUUUUUUUUUGUACAUAUAGCUACCGUUUCAUAUAAGCUGAGAUUUAUCCGUUUGGCUUCCUUUGAUAUCUUGGAUGAAGAUGAAAGGGAUCCAAGGUUUAUGCAUUUGCUAAAAGCAAACUUCUUCUGUUUCUGGAAGCGACAAAAGGAAGAAAUUCUAUGUUCAGAUAUAAAGAGAAAACACGAGCUGCCCAUUUCAGGGAUCAGAGGGGCAAUUAAGUCAAACGAUCAAGUAAAGAAACAACCUCUAUACCUUCACAAGGUUGGGGUAAGGCUGCGCACACACCACCCUCCCCAAACCCCACUUGUGGAAUUACACUGGGUCUCCUGGGGUUGGGUGCAAUGGAAGAAAAGGGAGGUGUUAAUGCUAUUUAAAGGUCGUUCUUCCCCAGUUAUGAUCAAUCUGGAGAAGAGUAGUUCGUUUAUGGAACUACCAAAAUCCUCAUCAGCACCAUCUUUAGAAAAGCAAAGAUCAAUUAGUGUGCAUUGAUCCAUGCCAAGUAACAAAACAGUUCAGCAUGUAAUUAAUACAAUAUAGUCUAGCUUUCAUGAGAAUUUACAUAUAGCUACCUUUUCAUAAGCUGAGAUUUAUCCCUUUGGUUUCCUUGCAUAUCUAGGAUGAAGAUGAAAGGGACCCAAGGUUAAUGGAUUUGCUAAAAGCAAACCUCUUCUGUUUCUGGAAGCAACAAAAGGAAGAAAUUCUAUGUUCAGGUGCUUUUUGGCGCCUCGUACAUGGUUACCUACAGAUUACUUGUAUGAACCAUUCAUUAAUGAUCUAAGGAAAUUCUUGAGCGUUGGGCCCUUUUAAGCCCCGCCACGGCCCUCACAUAUGUGAUUUUGUCCUCCAAUCAUCACAUAAAGAUAUGUCAUAUAUGGAAAUUUUGCAAUUAUACAUAUGUCGCACAUUUUUACUUCCGCCAGUCAUGACACACUCAUAUGCAGGUCAUGUCUCUAAAACCAAUUCUAGAAUUAUAAGUAUCAGUAAAUUAUAUUGAAAGUGAAAGAUCUUUUUUAAUUCUUUAGAUAUAGUGGGGUUUAUGUACUUUGCUACUGUUUUUUCCUGUUGAUUUUACCUUCAUGCAGCCGCUUCAUUUUAU